AACAAUUGGGCUGCUGGCUUUGAGAGAAAAAAGCUUCUCUUUUUUCCUUCUUUUUUAAUUUGAUCUUCAAUUCCAUUCAUGAUCAAAUAUAAUUACAGCAGAAAUCGAAUCACGGAGGAGGACCAUCAUCGUCCUUCAUGAACCCGAUCUCACCAGAGCGCUCUCUUCCUCUCUCUUCUUGAAAGCCUUACCAAUCCGACAUGUCCAUACACUAGAUUUCAACUUCGAGCUCUACUCUCUUUUUCUCCCCGUGCGAUUCCCGUAAGGUACUCCUUUGAUCUUACUCUGAUGUCGGGUUUGGUUUGUUGAUCGGGGUCUGUUUGGUUGCUGGGAAACUCGAGGAAAGGGGGAAGAGGAGAGAGGUUUUGGGAAAGCCGUUUCGGCUGAGUUGAAUACUUGUGGUGGGGACUGGUUGGUUUGAAGCAAUUGGAAUUCUGAGAUUUUGAGUUUGGGUUUCUUUUCUCUGCAACCAAAUAGGAACAUUUUUGAAGUAUUUUUAAAAUUUUUCUUGGUAAUCAGGCUUGAGAUUUCUUUGAUUUUAGCUACAAGUUUCACUUCUGGGGUUUUGGUAUUAUUAUUAUUUUUGAUUAUUUUGUGAUGGAAUUUUCUGAUAUGGGUUGAAGGGGUAAUGUUUAGCGGGUAAUUGGAAGUACUUUUCGUGGCCUUAAGAGCAAAAAUUAAAACAAUUUUCAUUUUUUCGUUUCCUUUCCCAAAGUAAGUAAAGUAUGUUGGAAAAGCAAAUGGAAGGGGAAAUCAUUUGGGAGAGGAACGUUGAGUUAGAGGGUUCUUUGAUGGGUUGAGGUGGAGGUUUAAUGUUUCAUGGUCGAUUCGAUUAUUUAAUCCGAGUAAGUUGUGGUGCGUUUGUGCCAACAGAGUGGAUAAUUUUGGGGUGUGGUUAAGAUUGUCAUGCUGAAUGUUGCUACCGGUUGGUGGAUUGGGGAUGAAUUCCACCAUGGAUGACAUGAACUUGAUCCAGCAAAGGCAUCACUUGGUGGUUAGGGAGCUUGGAGAAGAGAUUGAUUUGGAAAUUGGGCCUGGUGAUGAUGAUCCAUCAUUUGCAAAUACUCCUCUCAUUGGUGGCCCUCCACGGGAACCUUCUGCUGAAGAGCAUGAUGAGAGCAAGCAGGUUGUAAUGGUAUCUCAACUCUCAAGUGAAGACCAGGAUGUGUCGAAGAUGCAACCAGUGAAAAGGAAGAAGAAGGUGGUGAAAAGAUGGAGAGAGGAAUGGGCUGAUACAUACAAGUGGGCAUAUGUUGAUGUGAAAGAAGGGACAGCGAGGAUAUUUUGCUCUGUUUGCCGAGAGUAUGGUAGGAAGCAUAGAAGAAACCCAUAUGGAAAUGAGGGCAGUAGGAAUAUGCAAAUGAGUGCACUAGAAGAACACAAUAAUAGUUUGCUUCACAAAGAGGCUCUUCGGCUCCAAAUGGCAUCCAAGGAUAAGAUCAUUGUUGACAAGCCUAUAUAUGUAAAAGCUCUUAUGUCAAAAACAGCUGGAUCAAUUGUUGAAGCUGCAUUAAAAAGGGAUCCUCAUGAGAUUGAGUUCAUACAGUCAGUGCAAGAAGCAGUUCAUGCUUUAGAAAGAGUGAUUGCGAAAAAUUCUCAUUAUGUCAACAUCAUGGAGCGUUUGUUAGAACCUGAGCGCAUGAUUCUUUUCCGAGUUCCAUGGGUUGAUGACAGGGGUGAGACACAUGUCAAUCGAGGUUUCCGCGUUCAAUUUAACCAGACAUUGGGUCCUUGUAGGGGUGGUAUUCGUUUUCAUUCAUCAAUGAACUUAAGUAUUGCCAAGUUUCUCGGUUUUGAACAGACUCUAAAGAAUGCCUUGUCACCAUACAAACUAGGAGGGGCAGCAGGUGGAAGUGAUUUUGAUCCGAAAGGAAAAAGUGAUAACGAGAUCAUGCGCUUUUGCCAGAGUUUUAUGAAUGAGCUAUAUCGUUAUUUGGGACCAGACCAGGAUCUUCCUUCAGAGGAGAUGGGUGUUGGUCCUCGAGAAAUGGGUUAUCUCUUUGGACAAUAUAGACGCCUAGCAGGUCAUUUUCAGGGAAGUUUUACAGGGCCAAGGAUAUUUUGGUCUGGCUCUAGCCUCCGAACUGAAGCUACUGGCUAUGGACUGGUUUUUUUCGCCCAACUUAUGCUUGCGGACAUGAAUAAAGAACUCAAGGGAUUAAGAUGUGUGGUAAGUGGUUCUGGAAAGAUUGCAUUGCAUGUUACAGAGAAGCUUCUUGCAUAUGGUGCCCUUCCUAUCACGGUAUCAGAUUCAAAGGGUUAUUUGGUGGAUGAGGAUGGAUUUGAUUACAUGAAAAUAUCAUUUUUGAGAGAGAUCAAAAGUCAACAAAGAAGUUUGAGAGACUAUUCAAAAACUUAUGCUCGAUCUAAGUACUAUGAUGAAGCAAAACCUUGGAGUGAAAGGUGUGAUGUUGCAUUUCCUUGUGCGUCUCAGAAUGAAAUCGACCAAUCUGAUGCCAUAAAUUUGGUAAAUUCAGGUUGCCGGAUACUAAUAGAAGGUUCAAACAUGCCCUGUACCCCUGAAGCAGUUGAUGUUUUGAGAAAAGCGAAUGUUCUCAUUGCACCAGCAAUGGCUGCUGGUGCUGGAGGGGUUGCUGCUGGAGAACUUGAACUAAACCAUGAGUGUAAUUUGAUGCACUGGUCCCCUGAGGACUUUGAAUCUAAAUUACAGGAAGCUAUGAAGCAGACGUACCAGAGAGCUCUCAAAGCAGCAGCUGAUUUUGGUUAUCAAAAAGAGAGUCCUGAGGCUUUGGUGCAUGGAGCAGCCAUCUCUGCUUUUCUGACUAUCGCUCAAGGAAUGACUGAUCAGGGAUGUGUAUAGGAUAUGGAUAUUGAGGAGGAGGUCAUUUGCAUGCUCCUCAUGACUUUCCAGAUUAAACACCUGGAGCCAUUCACCCAUCGGCAGCUGCUAAUCCUGGUGUACUGUCAUGUGGGUAUUAAAGAUGCCAUAAGCAGAUACGACCAAGUAUUGGAAUAUGACCGGAGAUAACUUCAUGUAACAUAUGUAAUGUUAUAGCUAAGGUUUGAAAUAGGAUAAUCCAUGAGGAUUGAUUGGAAAGAUAUAACUAUGAAGAUGUUAAUGUAGUGGAAUAGGAAGGCCUCUGUGCCUUUAGGAUGUAUGAAAUAUUAGCAACCCACUUGAGGUGUCCAGAUGCUUAUUACAACCUUGUGAAAAAGCUGGAUCAUGGGUUUGGAAAUAAAAUUUUAUUCUUUUGUGAAUCA